UUAAGAACACUUCCGGCAGCGACAUACGUACUACAGUCUACAGCUAGCUCGAUCGAUCGGCAUCAAACUCCGAAAAGCAAGAGGCAAUGGGCUCUGCCCGCACCGAAAUGGUCGUCCCGGGCGCGGCUGGCGCUGGCGACGAGGAGGCGUGCAUGUACGCGCUACAGCUCGCAGCGUCGUCUAUCCUGCCGAUGACGCUGAAGAACGCCAUCGAGCUGGGCAUGCUGGAGAUCCUGGUGGCCGCCGGGAAGACGCUGUCUCCGUCGCAGGUGGCCGAGCGGCUGCAGGCGAAGCCCGGCCCGGACGCACCGGCCAUGCUGGACCGGAUGCUGCGGCUCCUGGCCUCGUACAACGUGGUGUCGUGCGAGGUCGAGGAGGGGCAGGAGGGUCUCCUCGCCCGCCGCUACGGCCCAGCGCCGGUGUGUAAGUGGCUCACCCCGAACGACGACGGCGUCUCCAUGGACCCGCUGGCCCUCCUCAUCCAAGACAAGGUUUCUAUGGAGAGCUGGUACCAUUUGAAGGACGUGGUUCUUGACGGCGGUCUCCCAUUUAACAAGGCGCAUGGAAUUAUAGCUUUCGAGUACCACGGCAAAGAUGCACGAUUUGACCGUGUGUUCAACGAGGCCAUGAAGAACCACUCCACAAUCCUCACCAAGAAGUUCCUUGAGUUCUACACAGGCUUUGAUGAUGUUAAGACCCUCGUGGAUGUUGGCGGCGGCGUUGGGGCUACCAUUCGUGCAAUCAUCUCAAAGUACCCACACAUCAGUGGGGUCAACUUUGACCUCCCCCAUGUCAUCUCUAGUGCCCCUACGUGCCCCGGUGUGCAACACAUCGGCGGCGACAUGUUCAAAAAGGUGCCCUCUGGUGAUGCUAUCCUCAUGAAGUGGAUCCUCCACGACUGGACCGACGAUCACUGCAUGAUGCUGCUAAGAAACUGUUAUGACGCACUACCUGUGGGUGGCAAGUUGAUCAUCAUCGAGAGCAUCCUGCCAGUGAACCCAGAAGCAACGCCUAGGGCACGGAUGGCAUUUGAAGAUGACAUGAUCAUGCUAACCUACACUCCAGGGGGGAAGGAGAGGUACAAGAGGGAGUUUGAAGUGCUUGCCAAGGGCGCAAGGUUCGCGAGCGUUAGGACAACCUACAUCUAUGCCAACUCCUGGGCCAUUGAGUACACCAAAUAGACACUUUUCACAUCUUCUCUUGGAUACCUCGAGACAAGAAUCUGCAUAAGUGGAUAUUUACCCACCAUCUUUGCGUGACUUGAGGUGGCUAGCUUCGACGCCACUUCGUCAUGUUAGCUUCAUUUCAUCGUUUUGGCUUCUUAUUUUGUAUGAACCUAUUGUCCAUAUAGGUUUGCUGAACAUUUUUCCUUUUAUUCUGUUUGGUUGUGUGCAUUCCAAUGUAAUGGUGAGGAGAAACUCUUGUAUUGGUGACAUGGAAAUAAAAUAUGCACUAUCUAGAAAUACCGCCAAGCUGAUGUAUUGCCGAAACAUCGUUGCACUUUAGUAGGACUAUAAUUCACAUUUCUAACAGGCAUGGAUACAGCAUCUAUAGGAUAACUUCCAUCUUGAUAGUUCUUUCUAAGUUCCGUCUGAUAUCCAUGAUCUCUCUUGAUUUGUAACUGAAUACAGAAAUCAAUGGGCUCGGUCAAGUUAGCUAUAGGCUGUGCCAUAUCAACGACUUCUACGGAAGGUGGUAAGAUGAUAUCUUGAGCAGUUAUGCAUCUGGGACCUUUGACGCAAAUGGAUAA